CACUUCUCGCUGUAUUCUUAGUUGUACUGUCUGUCUGGUACAGUGGUAAGGCACGAUAACAGUACUACGGCUGCCUAAAGCCACCUGACUGACAGUAAACAUGGAAAGGACACCCGAUGAUAAGGCACAUAAGGGGGAGUCCGCUGCAAACACCAAUUCUUGCCAUACCCUUCAAACUCUCUCCUCUGUACAAUCGCAGCCAACAGUCUUGACACCGACAUCGAUAUCUCAGCUGGGCGCGGUCCAACAAGAUCACGCAAAGCGCAAGGCUCAACACGUCUCUACUACAUCACAGAAACGCUCCAAAAUGAGGCCUUCAGCGACUUUCAAUACUGGAAAAGACUCCGCUGAGGCCAGGAGCCAGCUCAUUGUUCGCUUCUACGAUCCAGAUAUCAAAGCCAAAGAUGCGAAAAAUCGCACGCUAGAGGAAAUCCUGUCAUGGCCGGAUUCCCAGCUUGAGUCCUCACACAACUACAUUCAGAUGCUAUUUCCAUUGCCAGAGGGCUCCAUGUUUAACUGGGAUGCACCUGUUAUUGAUCUUGCGGUUAUGCAAGCAUUCUGUUCGCGAAGUGAGCUUCGCCAUCAGCUGCGUCGGAGCUUUGAGCGCAUGCUCAAGUUCUACGGCUUCCGGGUGCCGACGAAACCGGAGAACGAGUCGAAGAAAGAUGUUGUUUCUGAAGUUACUCAGACUGACGUAAAUACGAACUCCCCCAACAAUGCAGAUACCUCUGCAUCCGGGGUCAAGGCCACCCCAGAAGCGUCCACCUUCCCACCUGGAGCACACCAAAACAUUUCGAUCUCGAAUCCGCUACCGUACCGCAUUGUUCGCGCCCCUAACUGGCCCAAACAAUUCCAGAACUGGGCCGGCUUAUUUGACCACAACCACCUCCGCAUCACGCGCAUCCUCCGCUGUCUUCGCGUGCUGGGUCUCCAGAAAGAAUGCGAUGCCUUUUUCAAGGCUCUGGAACAUGCAUUCCAUGACCCCGAGACCAGGAUCAGUGAGAAGUCUAUGGGUUUUUGGCGGUUGGCUGUUAUGCGCCCAUUGCAGUGGGCGCCCGAUGGUCAGAAGUGCAAGUGGCUGGAGGCCUGGCAGCAGGAGCAAGAGAGUGAAAAGUGAGCAGAUAUAGCGACUUUUAUGAAGGAAACUCUGUCACUGUGGACGGAAAUGCAAAUCAGGUUACGUGAAGACGGGUAGAUUACAGGGUUGACGCGAUACCGUCUAGCGUCGUGUAAGGUAGUACUAGUAAAACUUCACGACAAGACUUCUCAUGGGUGCUUGGUUCGAGAUAGCAAUCAGAAUAUAUCA